AUGACUUUUCCUGCUAAUUCAUCUUUUUUCAAGUUGUCUUCUAAAGCUUCAGAUUGUCCUAACAAAAAGUCUUUGAAAAAGAAAGCGAUGCAAGCCAUUACUUGGGAUGAGUCCUCCUCCGACGAAUCAUCCUCAAGUGAUGAUGACGUUAAUGCCACUGCACUUAUUGCACAGGAUUCUACUUUUAUGUGCUUAGCAUCGACUCACUCAAUUUCUAUGUCUUCUUUGCAUGAAAAAUUCUCUACGGAAAGCUCAACGGAUGAAGAAUCGGAAGAAGAGGAUAUGGCCGUCGCAUAUCAUCAACUUGUUAUUGAAUCAAAAAAAAGUGGCGAAACACAACAAGAAGUUGAGACGAAGAUUAAAGCGAUGCAAGCCAUUACUUGGGAUGAGUCCUCCUCCGACGAAUCAUCCUCAAGUGAUGAUGACGUUAAUGCCACUGCACUUAUUGCACAGGAUUCUACUUUUAUGUGCUUAGCAUCGACUCACUCAAUUUCUAUGUCUUCUUUGCAUGAAAAAUUCUCUACGGAAAGCUCAACGGAUGAAGAAUCGGAAGAAGAGGAUAUGGCCGUCGCAUAUCAUCAACUUGUUAUUGAAUCAAAAGAAAGUGGCGAAACACAACAAGAAGUUGAGACGAAGAUUGUAUGA